CCUUUCAACCUCCCACUCUCAAAUCUUAACCCACUCUUCUUACUUUCACCCUUUAAAUAACAGAUUAUUGUUCGUCAUAUCAACUACCCAUAAUCCUCAUUACUCCUAUUUUCUCUCUCUUUUUACACAACAAUGGCGAUCAAUUGCAGCAGCUUUGCUUUCCUCUUGGUUUCUCUCCUCUUCUUAGGUGUUUCAACAAACAGGGCAUCAGGAACCGUGUUCACACUCCUCAACACAUGCCCCUACACCGUCUGGCCCGGCACAUUGACCGGAAACGGUCCAUCACUCCUCGGAGAAGGUAGCCUGACACUAACCCCCGGCUCAACAAUACAAGUCAAUCCCCCAGCAGGCUGGUCAGGCCGUUUCUGGGCCAGAACAGGAUGCAACUUCGACACAACAGGUGCAGGAACCUGCUCAACCGGUGACUGCGGAGGACUCGAAUGCGUUGGCGGAGGUGCCCCACCCGUGUCCCUAGUUGAGUUCACCCUAAACGGGGCCGGUGGUCAAGACUUCUACGACGUAAGCCUAGUAGAUGGGUACAAUGUAGGGAUAGGAGUCAAGCCUACAGGGUCUGGAACUGGAAACUGUGAGUACGCAGGCUGUGUAGCUGACCUUAACGGAUCCUGCCCACCCGAACUACAAAUCACAAACGACGGAGGGGUAGUGGUGGCUUGUAAGAGUGCGUGCGCAGCUUUUAACAGUCCGGAAUAUUGUUGUACUGGUGAUCAUGGAAGCCCACAGACGUGUACGCCUACGCAAUACUCGGAGAUGUUUAAGAAUGCGUGUCCAACGGCUUACAGUUACGCCUACGAUGACGCCUCUAGCACCUGCACUUGUACCGGUUCUGAUUAUUUGAUUACUUUCUGCCCAUCAGUUGUCUGAUUGUUUCGUCACGACUAAUCCGUUCUUUAAUUUUUUUUGUGAAGAAUUCUUAAUUUCGUUGUCGUAGGAAUUAAUGCAUUGUUAGGGGGAAUUCAUUUAGUUUAUUCUUGUUCUUUGGUUUUACAGACUAGUGUAUUGGGGUAGUGGCUUUAUGGUGAUUUUAAGAUUUAGGACUUGGAAUCGUAUACUUUAUUUUGUUAAAAUCAUGCACUUAUAAUUAGAAUCUCGUAUUCUUGUUAUA